UUCCCUCCGACCAAAUUCCUUCUCCAGCAGUUGUUGCAGCCUUGUCCUAGAGUUUGUCUCCAGAUUUUUCCUAGGCUUGGUGAAUUCUUGGCACUCCCCAAGCCAGGCUAACCAGCCAGCCUUCCCUGCAUCUCAUUCUCACAUUCUGCAUCUGGCUUUUGCCGCCAGAAACCAAGCCAGCCGCCACCCACCAACCUCGAGUUUCACAACGAAGAAACUUGUUCCAGUUUAGCACGCAAGCACAAACCUGGACUCGCUGCUCCGUGCUCCCUUCAACCUCCACUCUGCUUCUACUCUAAAUCGUCUACAAUCUGAAAGCGUUCUGCGUUGUCAGCUUUUCGCUGCCUCGCCAAGCAAGUGACGUAGAUCUGCUUUUUUGUUCCCCUUGGCAUGGAGGCUCUUCACUCCUGUCCUACGGCUUCAGGCGCCUCGUCGCUAAGCCUGACGCAAUCAUGCGGCACGGCCAGACUAUUUUCCUCCCCAAACUCGAUGCAGCCUCUCCGGCUCACGCCGAAAGUUCCCGUCAUUGUUUCCUCGUCUGCUUUCACGACCCGGUAUUCCGGAGCCUCAGAUCCGUCGCACCGCAGCCGUGCACAGGCCGUUCGUGCGAAUGGCAUCGGUCCCAACAGCUCGCAGACACCGGCGUGCGAAUUCGGCCCGUGGAAUCCGCAAAUCGGCUCGCAAGUCGCUUCUGACCCGUCCGCCGCUUACGUCGACGAAUCCUUUGAAAUCGACCUGGCGGAAUCGUCGGAUUCAGAUAACGUCCCGGCUGACGAUGUCGGUAACGGAGCUCCGUCAGCGUCAGUAAAGACCCGGAGCCCUGCUGACGAGUACAUGUCGGAUGUGGAGGAAGUGGACGACGGAAGCGUGACGGCGUCGGGGUUUUCGGAGAUGGAGGAGGCUGGCGUGGGGAGCUGGGAGCACAGAAUGAAAGCCCUGGAGAGCUUGGCGGAGGGGCUCAUGCCGCCGUGGGAGCAGGAGGGUCUGAUGAAGGACGUGUCGGGGCUGAGCGUUGACGCGCUGGUGUCUGCCGAUGCCGUGUACAACAAAGAGCUGAGCUGGUUGGCGUUCAACUGGCGCGUGCUCUACCAGGCGCUCGACAAGCGCACGCCGCUCAUGGAGCGCCUGCGCUUCCUGGCCAUCACGGCGCGCAACCUGGACGAGUUUUUCUGCAAGCGCGUGGGCGCGCUGAAGCGGCAGCAGGCGGCGGGCAUGGCGAACCUCAUCGGCCACCGCAGCAGCUGGCUCUGGACGCCCAGCCAGUCGCUCAAGAUCGUCGCCAGGGAGGUGGAGCAGCUGGUGCAGAUGCAGCUGCAGUGCCUGCAGCAGGACCUGCUGCCAUCACUGCGCAAGCACGGCAUCAGCCUCGUGCACUGGGACGAGCUCGACACGCCCGCCAAGGACAAGCUGCGCGCGUACUACAGGGCGUGGCUGGAGCCCAUCAUCACGCCUCUGGCGGUGGAUCCCGGCCAUCCCUUCCCCUUCAUCGGCAACAUGUCCCUCGGCAUCGCUGUGGCGCUGAGGGACCCAGUGGACGACGACCAUGAGUUUGCCAUUGUCUCUGUGCCAAACACCUGCAACCGCUGGCAUCCCCUCGUGCGCCCCAAUGAAGAGGGCAGCAACGAGGAGCGCAACGCGUUCAUCUCAGUGGAGGAGAUCAUCAAGGCCAACCUGGCGUCGCUGUUCGGUGGCAUGGAGAUCACUUCGGCACACUUCUUCCGUGUGACGCGCAACGCGGACGUGGAGCGCAACGAGGACGAGGCGGAGGAUCUGCUGGAGAUGAUCACGGACGAGAUGCGGGAGAGGAAGUUUGCGCCCUUCGUCCGCCUUGAGGUGGACUGCGAGAUGCCCGAGGAGGUGCUGCUCAAGCUGUCUCAAGAGCUGGGGCUGGAUUCCCGUGAUGACGUCUACCGCAUCUGCGGACCCCUGGGCUUGGGAGAGAUCGACUCCAUCCCAGUGAACCUGGACGAGAACGCCAAGAGGGCGAUCGUCUUCACCUCCUGGGCGCCGCAGACCCACCCGCGACUCAAAGGGGCGGACAUCUUCGACACCAUCAGGCACGGGGACGUGCUGGUGCAUCACCCCUACCACAGCUUCGGCACCUCCACGCAGCACUUUGUCGAGGCUGCAGCACGCGACCCCAAGGUGCAAGCCAUCAAGGCCACCCUGUACCGCACGUCAGCGGACAGCCCGGUCAUCUCGGCGCUCAUCAAGGCAGCAGAGUACGGCAAGCAGGUGGCGGUGCUGGUGGAGCUCAAGGCUCGGUUUGAUGAGGCCAGGAACGUGGGCUUUGCGCAAAAACUGGAGAAUGCUGGGUGCCAUGUGGCGUAUGGACUGGUGGGGCUGAAGACGCACUGCAAGUGCAUCAUGGUGGUGCGGGAGGAGGAGGAGGGCUUUCGGACAUACGUGCACAUCGGCACCGGCAAUUACAACCCGCGCACCGCCUCUGUCUACACCGACUUCGGUCUCUUCAGUUGCCGCCCAGAACUCGGUGAAGACGUGCGAGAUCUCUUCAAGUACCUAACCGGCUACCACCGGCAGAACAAGUACAACAAGCUGCUGAUCGCCCCGGGCACCAUGCGCCGCGAGUUCCUGCGCCUCAUCGACCGCGAGAUCGCCAACGCGGCGGCAGGCCUGCCCGCGCACGUGGUGAUCAAGUGCAACGGGCUGGACGACGAGGUCAUGGUGGCCAAGAUAUAUGAAGCAGUGGGGAGUGGUGUGAAGGUGGACUGCAUCGUGCGCGGCAUGUGCAGACUGAGGCCGGGGGUCCCGGGGGUGAGCGAGAACCUGCGCGUGGUCAGCAUCAUCGGACGGUUCCUGGAGCACCACCGCAUCUUCAAGUUUGAAAACGCCGGAGACCCCCAGUUCUACAUUGGCUCGGCGGACUGGAUGAGUCGUAACCUAACCCGGCGAGUGGAGGUGGUGACCCCCGUGGAGGACCGCGCGAUCAAGGGCGAGCUGCAGUCCAUCCUGGACGCGUGCCUCUUUGACAAGCGCCAGGCGUGGCAGCUACAGCCGGACGGGCGCUACAGGCUGCUGGGCGUGUCACCGCAGUGGCUGACUGAGCUGGGAGGGGAGCUGCCGAAGCCCAGCAAGGAGAACAAGCUGUACCGGGCGGAGCAUUUGGGAUUGCACCAAGCCAUCAUGGACCUUACUCUGCGACGGACGAAGACAGCACGCAAGGUGAGCCUGAAGAAGAAGGAUGGAAGCCCACCCAAGGCAAGACGGUUCUUGGAGUCGCUCUAUGACAGCAGCACACCAUGACGAAAUGCACCGUGACGAUGACUACAGUGUAAAUGCAGCAAGCUUACUUUGCUAACGAUAGGAAGAGAGCGUCCCAAGGAGUUAUGAAGAGCAACCACAUCGAUGUUGAUUACGCCUUGUUGGUUGGAGUUGAUGUGGUGGUGCUAAACGCUCUAGCACUAUCACAAAGAUCAAUUGCAAUUCUUUUAUGUUCAGCAAUGCUGCUCGAAACCUGCUCCGUUCCCUGCCUGUCUGUUGACUUAUUGAGAUGUACACAUGCAUGAACCGUCGUUAACUAGUGUUGAUGAGGAGAUAGACAAAGUGGGGAUGGUAAAUUGUAAUACGUUAUAUAUGCUGGAAUUGUACUAUGAAAGUACAC